UCCCCUCAGAGCGCGCCGCCAUUUUCGCCGCGCCCCCGUGGAUGUGAGGCCGAGCCCCGGCCGCCGCCGCCGCCCGAGCAGCUCGCAGAGGGGAGGGGGCUCCCGGCAAGACCCCCCUCCCCGGGAACCGGCGAUGCGCUGACGCUGGGGAGGCCCCGACCGGGCCGGCAGCGGAGGAGCUUUGGCCGGGCAAAGUGGGGGGCUCGUCGGAGGAGACGGCGGGAGGAGGAGGAGGAGGAGGAGACGAAGGCCGGGCGGGCCCGCGAGCAGCAGCAGCAGCCGCCGGGAUGUUGCAGAAUGUGAAUCCCCAGAGCAAGAUUCUGGGCGAGGGCAAUGCCGCCCUCAUGGCCUUGGCCACGGACUCGGCGCCGGGCAAGCGCAUCCGCAAGCCCUCGCUGCUCUACGAGGGCUUCGAGAGCCCCACGAUGGCGUCGGUGCCGUCGCUGGCGGCGCCGCCGGCCAACCCGCCGCCGCCCGAGGUGUCCAACCCCAAGAAGCCGGGCCGCGUCACCAACCAGCUGCAGUACCUGCACAAGGUGGUCAUGAAGGCGCUCUGGAAGCACCAGUUCGCCUGGCCCUUCCGCCAGCCCGUGGACGCCGUUAAGCUCGGCUUACCGGACUACCACAAGAUCAUCAAGCAGCCCAUGGACAUGGGCACCAUCAAGCGGCGCCUGGAGAACAAUUACUACUGGGGGGCGGCUGAGUGCAUGCAGGACUUCAACACCAUGUUCACCAACUGCUACAUCUACAACAAGCCCACGGACGACAUCGUGCUGAUGGCGCAGACGCUGGAGAAGCUCUUCCUGCAGAAGGUGGCGCAGAUGCCGCCCGAGGAGCAGGAGCUGCUGCUGCCCCUGGCCAAGAACAGCCACAAGAAAGGGGCUGCCCGCGCCGCAGCUCUCCUGGCGGGCCUGACCAGCCCAGCCCCGCAG